GCCAUGGCCAAGUGGCUGCGGGAGUACCUGGGGCGGGGCGCGCGCCGCUCCCCCCCGCGCCCGCCCCACCCCGACUACAGCGGCCCCGGCCCCGCGCCCCCCGGCGCUGCCCCCCGCGGCCCCGCGGCCUCCCCGCGGCACCGGCUCGUGCGGGUGGCGGGAGCGGGGCCCCCCCGGAGAGCGGAGCAGGGCCCCGGCGAGAGCGAGUACUCGGAGCCGUGCGAGGGGGAGCAGGAGCCGGCGGCCGAGGGCAGCUGCGAGGAGGCUGCAGGUGGGUGCCGCCCCCCCCGACCCUCCCCAGGACCCCCCCCCCCCCGAUGCCCCCCCUAUGUCCCAGCGCCCCUGUCCCCAGGGGGCCGGCGGGGGCCGCAGCUCUACGACACCCCCAGUGAGGAGUGGGAGGCGGCCGGGGACGGCCCCGGCGCGGGGGGGAGCCGCGAGAGCCGCCUGCCCCGGGACGAGCGCCCGGCCGAUGAGUACGAUCAGCCCUGGGAGUGGAAGCAGGACCACAUCUCCCGCGCGUUCGCAGUGCAGUUUGAGAGCCCCGAGCGCUCCCCCAGCCUGUCCCGGCAGCUCCCGCGGCCCCCCCGGCCCCUCCCGGCCCCCGGCUGCCCCCCCAGCCCCCGGCACGUGGACACCUCCCUCCCACUGGAGAAGCAAGUGUGGUACCACGGCCCCAUCGGGCGGGCGGGCGCCGAGACGCUGCUGGCGCUGUGCCGGGAGGGGAGCUUCCUGGUGCGGGACUGCGAGACCAGCCCCGAGGACUACUCCUUGUCCCUGCGGAGCAGCCACGGCUUCGUGCACGUGAAGCUGACGCGCACACGCGAGCACCACUUCACGCUGGGCCGCGCCGGCGCCGCCUUCCCCUCGGUGCCCGCUGCCGUGCGGCACUACACAGCGCGGGCCCUGCCGGUGCGCGGCGCCCGCCACCUCUCCCUGCGCUACCCGGUGGCGGUGCAGCCCCUGUGAGCACCACAGAGCCCCCAUAGGGA